CACACCACCCACACCGCCCACACCGCCCACACCGCCCACACCGCCCACACUGUCGACAGCGUCCUAAGGUGGGCGGUGGACCUGCACCAAGCGCCGAAGCGCCAGGCCCUGCGCGCGCUAGCAGACUGCUGCGCAGAGGCGGAGGACCGCGAGCGGCUGCUGUUCCUGAGCAGCCGGCAGGGCACGGGCCAGUACGAGCGCCUGCGCGCACAAAGCGCCGGGGUCCCCGAGACCCUUGCGCUCUUCCCCUCGUGCCGCCCGACGCUGGCCAGGCUCCUGGAUCUUCUGCCGCCGCUGCUGCCGCGCUCGUACUCCGUGUGCAAUGCACCCCAGGGCGGGCGGUGGCGCUUUGCGUUUAAUGUCGUUGAGUAUGCGCUGGAGGUGGCCGACCCGUUUGCGCAGCGCGAGGAGCAGGCCGUGGUGCGGAUGGAGCGCCGUGGCGUGUGCACGCCGUUUCUGGCCGCGCUGCCGUUGGGCGCGCCGCUGCUGGUGGCCAGGCGCCCGGCGGCCUUUCGGCUGGCGCCGGCGGAUGUGCCGGUUAUUAUGGUUGGCCCGGGAACCGGGGUGGCGCCGUUCAUUGGCUUCCUUGAGCAGCGCGCAGUGCAGCGGCCCUUGCCCGAGGCGCCGAUGUGGCUGUUUUUCGGAUGCCGCAGUGCGCAGCACGAUUUUUUGUUCCGCCGCCAGCUCGAGGAUGCGCAGGAGGCUGGCCGCCUGCGGCUGUCCGUCAGCUUCAGCAGAGACGGGCGCGGGGCGCAGUAUGGCGGCCGCGGCUAUGUACAGGAUGCGAUGGUGGAGCAUGGGGAGGAGAUCGCGGAGAUCAUGGCGCAGGGCAAGGCUGUUAUUUACGUGUGCGGCGACGCUAAGGGGAUGGGGAAGGACGUCAAUGCUGCGCUGGUGGGGAUCCUUGUGCGCUACGCGGAGGCGCACCCCGAAUGGCUUGCGCAGCUUGGCGUGGCCAAAAUGGACCCGGCGGCUGCUGCCAAGCUGCUUAUGCAGUGGGCUGCAGAGAAGCGCUACCUGAGGGAUCUUUGGGCUUGAAUAAAAAAAAAACCUAAUUUUCCCAGGUUUCUUUUUCUUUUUUCUUUUUCCUUUUCCUUCAUUGUAAUUUAUUUAUUUGAAAAUU